AUGAAUUUAUCAACAUUAAAUAUUGUACAGUUUUUAGAAAGUUCUAAAAUUCAAAUACCUAAUGGAUUCAAAUCAAUUAAAGGAGUUUUGGAUUUAGAUUUUUAUGACUUGGUUAAAAGUAUUGGCGAAUCAACAUCAAGAGAAGAUGAGUUAUAUAUAGUUAAUAAUGAAAUUAAGAAAUUAAAACAAACAUUUUCCAAAGAUGUUACAAAAGAAAAAAUUAGAGAAUGUUUAAUUAGAAUGAUUUAUUGUCAUAUGUUGGGUUACGAGGUACCUUUUGGAUAUAUUCAGGCAUUAAAUAUGACUCAAGAUAGCAAUAUUUUAAAUAAAAGAACAGGUUAUUUAGCAUUAUCAUUAUGUUUACCAGAGAAACACGAGCUAUUAAUUAUGGCAGUAAAUUCAAUAUUAAAGGGUUUAAAUAGUGCAAAUUAUUUAGAGGUUUGCUCAGCUUUGACCGCAAUGACUAAAUUGGUAGAUCGUGACACUAUACCCGCAUUCAUGCAAAAGAUAUUACAGCUAUUAAAUCAUCAAAAAUCAAUUGUCAGAAAGAAAGCAGUUAAUGUAUUACACAGAUUCUAUAAAUUGGUUGGCCGUUCAUUUUUAGAAGAUGAUCAAGUUCAUGACAAGUUAAGACAAUCACUAUGCGAUCGUGAUCCUUCCGUUAUGGCUGCUUCUAUUUGUAUAUUUUUAGAUAUUUCAAACAAUACAGAAAAUAUUCCUAUUCUAAUAGAUUUGGUACCAAGUUUUGUAGGAAUUUUAAAACAAGUUGCUGAGGGAAGAUUACCAAAUACUUUUAUCUAUCACGGAAUACACCAUCCAUGGUUACAAAUAAACUUGUUGAAACUUUUAGCUAAUCUCGGAAUCAAUGAUGUAGACUCAUCAAAUCAUAUGUAUCAAGUAUUAUUAUUCACAAUGCAACAGGCUCAAAAGUUUAAAAAUAAUGUUGGUUUUGCUAUUCUUUAUCAAACAAUCAAGACUCUUACCUCUAUCCAUCCAAAUAUCCAAUUAAUUGAACAGUGCUCAAAGAAUCUUUCCAUAUUAUUAAAGAGUAGACACAACAAUUUAAAGUAUUUUGGUAUUAAAGCAUUAACUUCAAUUGUCAAAGUUUCACCAAAAUUAGUAUUACCUUACCAAGUUGAAGUUAUCGAAUCAUUAGAGUCCUCCGAUGAAACAUUAAAGAGAAAGAGUUUUGAUUUACUUUAUCGUAUGACCAACCAAAGCAAUAUAGUACCAGUCUGCUCAAAAUUAAUAGAGCAAUUAGUUUUAUCAAAUGAUCAAAAUUUUAAAUCUGAAUUAGUCAAUCAAAUCACCCAUUUAGCAGAAAAAUAUUCACCAAAUGAUAUAUGGUAUAUUGACACCAUAUCUACAAUUCUUUCAAUACCAAAUUCAAUAUCUAUUAAUGACGAUCAACAGUUUGCUUAUAAUUUAAUUAAAUUGGUUUCAGAAGAGGAUGAUAUCAAAAUCAAACAUCACAUUGCAGAAAUAUUUUUAAAUAAUUUAUUAAAUAAUCAACAGCAACAUCAUCAGCAACAACAGCAAUCAAAUAACCAACAAUUAAAUAUACAACAAUAUUCAGAUAUUUAUAUUAAAAUUAUGAGUUGGGUAAUUUCAGAGUAUUCAAAUCUAGUAGUAAGCAAUAAUUCUGUAAUCGAAAAUACAAUUAUAGAUUAUUUAUGUGAUCUUCUUGAAAAAGAUUAUCAAGGUGAAACAAAGUCAUGGAUUAUUAUGUGUAUUGGAAAAUUAGCAGCCCAAUUAGGUGGUAAAUCAACUCCUCAGUUAGAAAUUUUAACUAGAAAGUUCAACACUUCAAAAUCUUUAAUAUCACAACAACGUUCAUUUGAAUUACAAGAAAUUUUGAAAGAUCAGAAAUUAAUUAAUCAAAUUUUACCAUUAGAUGCUUACUGUGAAGAUAUUGAUUUUGAUCAAGUAUUUAAAAAUUUAAACAGUUAUGCAAAUAAAUCAAUCGAAAAAGGUGGAAAGAAAUAUAAGCCAUAUGAAAAGAGAAAGAAUACACCAUUAGUUGAUAUACCAAAUGAAAUUUCAGGUACUGCAGAAAAGGGUUUAAAUUUUGAAUAUCCUCCACCACCAAACCCAUUUAAUUUAUACAAUCAAACACCAAUACAAAAUCAACGUCAAAUACAAUAUCAUCAAAAUAAUCCACAGCAACAACAAUCACAACAACUUUUAUUAAUGAAUAAUGAACAACAACAACAAUUCGUUCAUGAACAAAACCAAAUGUCAUUGGUACCAAUUAGUAACCAACAACAACAACAAAUACAGCCCUACCAAACUCAAAACCCACAGACUCAUCCAAAUAACCAAUCAAUGCCUUCUGAACAACCCCAUACUAAACUAGGUUUACCUAAACCAAAUAAAGUAUUAUGGACUAAACAAGGAUUUGUAGGAAGUAAAUCACAAGCACCACCUGCCUCUGCCUCACAACACCAACAACCACAACAACAAAACCAACAAAACCAACAAAAUCAACAACACCAACAAUACCAACAACACCAGCAGCAACAACAGCAAAUAAAAAAUACAUCUGUAGAUCCAGAAAAAGAAAAGCUCGCUCAACAACUAUUUGAUUCAUUUGCAAAUAAACUUAGUAAAUCAAAUAAAAAAGAAUCAACAACAAAAAAACAAAAUCAAAAUACAUUAAACAAUAGUUGUAUGAGUAUUAAUAAUAUAACCAAUAAUAAUUAUACCAAUGGUAAUAAUAAUUGUAUUUCUAAAAUAAUAAAUCCCCCAAUAUCCACUGCAACCACAACUUCAUCAUUCAAUGCCAAUUAUAAUAAUAAUAAUAAUAAUAAUGUAAUAAAUAAUAAUAAUAGUGUUAGUAAUAAUAAUACUAGUAUUUAUAGUACAAGCGAAACCCAAAAUAUUACAAUAUCCACAUCCAGAAGAAAGUCAUUAACCCAUCAAAAUCAAUUAAUAAUUCCUAAACCCAAUCCAUGUAUUUCUUAA